AUGCCUUUGAUUACAUUCACUGGGUUGCCCUGUUCCGGAAAAACCACGUGGGCGAAAAAGCUUAUUGCUCUCCUUGAGAAAAAGAUAGAAGAAGCCAAAGCUGGAGACCAACCGGGCCACAACUACAAGAUCAUUUACCAUUCUGAUGAUACGCUUGGCAUCUCGCACGAUACAUACAAGGAUUCCAACUUGGAGAAACAUGCGAGAGGUACACAGAUGUCUGCUGUCAAGCGUGAUCUUUCCCGCACAUGUUUUGUCAUUUUAGACUCUCUUUCGUACAUCAAAGGUUUUAGAUACCAGCUUUUUUGUGAGGCCAAAGGCGUGGUGACGCCGCAUUGUGUGGUGCAAGUAAUGAAUCCUGUUGAAAAAUGCAUAGAAUGGAAUACAAAUCACGAUAACAAAUGGGACGAAGAGGUGAUUUCCCAGCUACAGAUGCGCUAUGAGGAGCCCAAUGCAGACACUAGAUGGGACUCUCCACUUUUCUCGGUGGUGAGCGACUACGAUAAGGAAACAUUGCCUAUUGACGAAAUUUGGGAUGCUCUUGUACUUAAAAGACCUCCACCGCCCAACGCAGCCACUUUGGUGAAACCAACACUGGGCAAUGACUACUUACAAGAAUUGGACAAGAAGACACAAGAGGUGAUCAGCAAAAUUAUUCAGCACCAGCAAAUUUCUUCUGUUGGAGGACAUGCGGUAAUUGAAGCAGAUCAAAAUUUGGUUGUGGAAAUGCCUUCACACACAGUUAGCAUUGCCCAACUUCAGCGGAUGAAACGCACAUUCGUGGGUUUGAACAGAAUGCGCAGUGUCGACAUUGAUAGAAUCACCGCCAUGUUUGUUGGCUACAUAAAUCGGAGUUUCAGUAGCGAAGAGUAA